AUGACGUCUGGACGAUGCAUGUGUGGUGAGCUGCGAUACGAGUAUCAGGGCGAACCACUUCAGAAGGCGCUCUGCCAUUGUCUCACUUGCCGACGACUGAGUGGAAGCACAUACACCACGAAUAUUCUGGUCCCUGAAAAAGCAUACAAGGUCACCGUAGGCUCGCCGAAGACAUAUUCGACGAAGCAAGACAGUGGAAUGAUGCUCACCUACUCUUUCUGUGCAACCUGUGGUUGUACCAUCUCGAAGAUCGGUGAUGCGGAGGACUUCAAAGGCAUUGUGAUCGUUCAGGCGGGCUCGCUCGACGACGACGCUGUAUUCAAAGCGACAGACCCGCAAGCAGAACUCUGGGUCAGUCGUCGAGUUCCUUGGCUCUCGGCAAUGGAAGGGAGGGCCCAAAUGGCCGAGUUUCACUGA